AUGGAACAAUCUCACAAAUCAUACCGUCCGUUGACGGUGCUGACAUUCAGAUGGAACUACGCAAUCCAUGGUCUGCAGCCGGCAGGCUAUCACCUCGUCAACCUGUUGCUUCAUGCCCUCGUGUCUCUGUUAUAUUACAGGGUGUGUGCGAUGUUCCUGCCGGAGUUCGCAAGUUUCGUGGCCGCCAUCUUGUUCGCCGUGCAUCCUAUUCACACCGAGGCGGUGACAGGAGUGGUCGGCAGGGCUGAAAUGCUAUCUUCCCUGUUCUUCCUCGCCGCACUAAUUUUCUAUGCGCGCGCUGCGCAGAGGAGAAGAUGUACAGAUUGGAGGUACGUAGUGGCGUGUUCAGCGUGCAUCGGAGUGGCUAUGCUGUGCAAAGAGCAAGGCAUCACCGUCACCGGCGUUUGUCUCGUAUACGAGAUCUUCGUUGCACAGAAGCGUCGAAACGGGCAGUUGCCCCGUUGGUGCUGGCCUUGGGACCUAUGGAGUAAAGGCUCAGGCUGGUGGUACGCAGCUGGCGAGGGAGUCCGUCGCUUCUCUACAGUUUUCUGUGCAUCCCUCGCACUAUUGAUCGCUAGAGUUCAAGUGAUGGGUGCUCAACUGCCAGUCUUCACGAGGUUCGACAAUCCUGCUGGAGCGUCGCCACCUCCUGCCAAGUAUCUUACUUUCGCAUAUCUCCCUGCACUAAACACAUGGCUGCUGGCAUUACCAGAGGCAUUAUGUUGUGACUGGACGAUGGGUACCGUCGCCUUACUCAAAUCGUGGCGAGAUCCCCGGAAUCUGGCAACUUUCUCACUGCUCGUCUGUCUGUUAGCGGCAACCGUACACGCUUUGCGGAAAAGAUCUACUGCACUCUCAAUGGGUCUUGUACUACUCGUGGUGCCGUUCUUACCUUCAUCGAACCUGUUUUUCCCUGUGGGAUUCGUGGUGGCCGAGCGGGUCCUCUAUAUACCAUCAAUGGGUUGGUGCAUGUUAGUGGCACAUGGCUGGCGACUGUUGGCCAAACGCCGAGCGAAGUUAGCGGCAUGUGCACUUAUAUUUCUCCUUCUAGCAUUCAGUGCAAAGACUUACAUGAGGAAUUGGGACUGGAAGACUGAAUAUUCAAUUUUUGCUUCAGGAUUGAAGGUUAAUCGUAAUAAUGCCAAACUGUACAAUAAUGUAGGACAUGCCUUAGAAGCUGAAGGAAAAUAUGCGGAAGCAUUGGAAUUCUUUAAUACAGCUGUUAGUGUACAACCGGACGAUGUUGGGGCCCACAUUAAUGUAGGCAGAACUUACAACCACUUAGGACGUUAUCAAGAAGCCGAAGACGCUUAUGUCAGAGCAAAAUCACUUCUCCCGAAAGCGAAACCAGGAGAAUCUUAUCAAGCAAGAAUAGCGCCAAACCAUCUCAACGUUUUCUUAAACCUUGCAAAUCUGAUUUCCAAAAACGCCACAAGGUUAGAGGAAGCGGAUAUGCUAUACAGACAAGCUAUUAGCAUGAGAGCUGAUUACACACAGGCUUACAUAAAUCGAGGGGAUAUUUUGAUUAAAUUGAAUAGAACGAAAGAAGCCCAAGAGGUGUAUGAAAGGGCGCUGCUUUAUGACAGUGGGAACCCUGAUAUAUACUAUAACCUUGGGGUUGUUCUUCUCGAACAAGGUAAACCGUCUCAAGCAUUAGCUUAUCUUGACAAGGCGUUAGAACUGGAGCCAGAACAUGAACAAGCGCUACUGAACUCCGCCAUUCUCCUUCAAGAACUAGGUGCUGCUGACCUCAGGCAUUUAGCCAGGCAGCGACUUCUCAAAUUACUGGACAAAGACUCAACAAACGAACGCGUACACUUCAACCUCGGUAUGGUCUGCAUGGACGAGGGAGAUGCGGAAUGCGCAGAGCGAUGGUUCCGUGCCGCCGUACAUUUAAAGCCUGACUUUCGAUCGGCACUAUUCAACCUCGCUUUACUGCUAGCUGAUCGGCGAAGACCGCUGGAAGCCGCACCCUUCCUGAAACAGCUAGUUCGACAUCAUCCUGACCACGUGAAGGCCUUAGUUCUGCUGGGAGAUAUUUAUAUUAAUUCUGUUAAAGAUUUGGAUGCGGCUGAAAGUUGUUAUCGGCGCAUCCUGGAAUUGGAGCCGGAAAACGUGCAGGCCCUGCACAACCUGUGCGUGGUGGCCGUGGAGCGCGGCAAGCUGGCCGUGGCCGAGGAGUGCCUGGCGCGCGCCGCCGCGCUGGCGCCGCACGAGCACUACAUCGCGCGGCACCUCGCCGUCGUGCGCGCGCGCCGCCGCGCCGCCCCCGGCCCCUCCCCCGCACCCGGCCCCGCGCCCGGCCCCGCCGCACCGCCCGCGCACUCCGACGACGACGAGGUGCGAGCGAGAUGGAACUACAUCCCGCAGCAGCCGCCGGACCCGCACGAGAUGGACGACGCCCCGUAG